AGAGAUGGAAGGAGAGACCCACGGUGUUUGGGGGUUUUCGAGAGAGGGCUGCAGGCUCUUCUGUCAUGCUUUGUGGUCCCCAGCUCUGGAGCGCUGGUGUGCGUGUGUGUUUGUGUGUAGUAUUCUGUUUGUGGGUCCUGCCUUCUAGGUCAGUGGUUUGCUAUUGUUCCAGCACUGUUGUGUGUGUGUGUGUGUGUGUGUUAGUCAGAGUAGGUUGGGCUGACUAAAUGUGAUCUUCAAUGACAGCUCUUCUGCAGGUGAUUUAAACAGCUGUUCUCCCAGGAGGAUUGUGGACUGGACUGGACAGAACCAGGCUGCAGAACUACACCAAAGAUGGAUCAGCUAUCAGACGAGGAACUGGACCAUGCUGCAGAAGAGGACAGUGAUAAGGAGGACCAGGACCUGGACCAGAUGUUUGGAGCCUGGCUGGGAGAGCUAGACAAACUUACACAGAGUCUGGACGAUGGGAAGCCCGAGCCUCCUAAGAGCCAGAAGGCUCCUCUGAGGCAGGAGACCAACAUGGCCAACUUCUCUUAUCGCUUCUCUAUCUACAACAUCAACGAGGCUCUAAACCAGGGUGGUGACUCAGUGGACCUGGAUGCCCUGAUGGCAGACUUGUGCUCCAUAGAGCAGGAGCUCAGCACCAUCGGCAAGCCCAACAACACUGGCAUGACCAGGCUGGGCGUGCCCGGAGAGCCCAAGGUGCGUCAGAAGCCCCCGGCAGGGCGCAGCAGCAGUGCCAAGCAUGCAGGGGGCAGCGGGGGCAGCAGCGGGGGCAGCACAAGCAGCAGCACCCGGGCCUCACCGGCCUCCACUGUCAGGGGGGGCAGCGUCCACAGCCGAACCCCUCUGGCCUCCAACUUCUCCCUGGACGACAUCACAGCUCAGCUGGAGCAGGCCUCUCUCAGCAUGGACGAGGCGGCGCGCCAGAGCUCCUCCCACUCCUUGGGCUCCGCCUCCUCGUCCUCCUCGUCCUACUCGUCCACCAUGCGCCGGCCCGCCUCCUCGCACCGCCACCACCGGCGGACGGGCUCGGUGGGCACGGUGAGCGAGCACGAGGCGCGCUCCAUCGUCCACUCCUCGCGCUCCUCCAUCAACUCCGCCUCCGCCUCCAGCAUGGACUCGCUGGACAGCGUGCUGCGGCCGGCGGACCAGGACGAGCCGCGGCAGACCUCCGCCACCCCCCCGCCGCAGGGGACCAAUCAGGGCCAGGCCAGCUCCGAGCACUCCUAUCUGGACAGGGAAACCUCCCUGAUUCUGAAAAACAUAGCAGGAAAGCCUUCUCACCUGCUGACCAAGGAGGAGCAAGCUGCCAAAACAAAGGCAGAGAAGAUUCGGGUUGCUCUGGAGAAGAUCAAGGAGGCCCAGGUUAAAAAGCUGGUGAUCCGGGUCCACCUAUCAGACGAGAGCUCCAAGACCAUGAUGGUGGACGAGAGGCAGACGGUCAGGCAGGUGCUGGACAGCCUGCUGGACAAGUCUCACUGUGGCUACAGCCCCGACUGGUCCCUGGUGGAGACCAUCAACGAGCUGCAGAUGGAGCGAAUCUUUGAGGACCAUGAGAACCUGGUGGAGAACCUUCUGAACUGGACCAGAGACAGCCAGAACCGGCUGAUGUUCAUAGAGCGUAUAGAAAAAUACGCCCUCUUCAAGAACCCCCAGAACUAUCUGCUGGGGCGGAAGGAGACGUGUGAGAUGGCCGACAGGAACAAGGAAGCCCUCUUGGAGGAGUGUUUCUGUGGCAGCUCGGUAUCCGUGCCAGAGAUGGAGGGCGUGUUGUGGCUGAAGGAGGACGGAAAGAAGUCGUGGAAGAAGCGCUACUUCCUGCUGCGGGCCUCAGGAAUCUACUACGUACCUAAAGGCAAAGCUAAGGCUUCCAGAGACCUGGUGUGUUUCCUGCAGCUGGACCACGUGAACGUGUACUACGGUCAGGACUACCGCAGCAAGUACAAGGCUCCCACCGACUACUGCAUGGUGCUCAAGCACCCCCAGAUCCAGAAGAAGUCCCAGUACAUCAAAUACCUGUGCUGUGAUGAUGUCAGAAGCCUACACCAAUGGAUCAACAGUAUACGCAUUGCCAAGUAUGGGAAGCAGCUUUACGUGAACUACCAAGAGGCCAUGAAGCGGACCGAGGCUGCCUACGAUUGGUCCUCCCUGUCCUCCUCAAGCAUGAAAUCUGGAUCCAGCUCUUCCAGCCUACCAGAGUCCCAGUCCAACCACUCCAGCCAAUCAGACAGUGGGGUGUCAGAGACCACCUCGUCAGGCCACACCCGCUCCCAGAGUGUGGUCAGUUCUAUCUUCUCUGAGGCCUGGAAGAGGGGAACACAGGACGACACCACCAAGAUGAGGGUGGACCCUAUAAGCAGACCCUACCCCCUCCAGUUGCCCACAAUGUCCCAGUCCUCCCCCCCGUCUCGCACCAGCUACACCAGCGUCUCCCCCGAGUCGUCCCCCUCACCCCCCGAGCCCCCUCCUCCCCCUCCCCCUCCUCCCCCGCUCCCCAACCCCACUCACCAGCCGGCUCCUCCCACCAUGUACGUCAAGUACAGCACCCUGGCCAGGCUCCAGAAUGCCUCCCAGUCUGCCAACCAUUACAAACCCCCGUCUGGCCCCGGGGGGCCCCAGCCUGGCCCCCCUGGCCCCCCGGCCCCUCCUUUACAGUCUGUCAAACCUCAAUAUAACACCCUGCCCGCAACCUAUGCCCCGGUGCCCCCCGCCCCGCCUCCCCCGCCCCCGCUCGCCAUGCCCGCCCCUGGUUCGGCCAUGGCAGUGUUGAAGAUGGGCCCCCCCAGCCCCAAUCCCACCUACCUCCCACCUCCUCCCCCAGAGGAGCAAGAGCCGCCUGCCCCCCUCCACCUGCACACCAACGGCAUGCCCCCUCCCCCCCCCCUCGACCAGGAGCCCUCCUACCCGCCCCUCAGCAACACGGGCCUGCAACAGUUCCUGGCCCAGAAGUUCCCCAACAUGGCCUACGAAUUCACCCCGGAGGACCUGCAGGAUGACUGUUCUCCACCCCCACCCCCCCCUGCCCUGUCUCCUCCCCCACAACUGCACCAGUCCUCCCUGUCCCCUACCCUGCCCCCUCCCGCCCCACCCAAAACCUUCACCGGUGGCUUCCCUCCCCAGACGGCCCGCAAACCCUCUGGCACGGGGCUGACCAUCUCUCCUGUCUCCCCCUCCCCACCUCAUCACGGCUCGUUUAAAAAGCAGCAGAGCUUGUCAACAGGCCAUUCCCCCAAUCAGCCACCGCCUACGAUGCCCAAGCAGCACAGCUUCUCCUCCAAGACCCUCCCCCUCUCCGCCCCCAUCUCCCCCACCCCCACCUCCUCCUUGGUCAAGCAAAUCGUCAACCAGUUCCCAGGGGCCUCCAUCACCCCUUCCAACUCUAUGGAUGGCUCCAAAUUUCCUCCCCCUCAGUCCCCACCAGCCGUCAAAGCUAAGCCAAAAUGGCAGCCCGGGGGGCAAGUUGCCCCCCAGUCCCCAGAGUUCCCUCCUCCCCCACCAGAGAGCACCCUGGACUUUCCACCUCCGCCCCAGUCCUCCUCUCCUCCUCCUCACCAUUCUACCAAGAUGGGGUCCCCCAUCAAGAAGUCCCCUUCCUCCUCCUCCACCUCUUCCACGGGCUCCGCGGGGAAGAGGGGUCCCCCGCCCGCCCCCCAGCGCAACUCCAGCAUCAAGGCAGGCGAGGCCCAGGAUGAGAGGCCUAAGAAGGUGGAGAGCCUGGUCAGUAAAUUUGGUCAGCCAGGCCUAUCUUCCUGUGGCUCCUCCCCUGCCUCCUCCUCGGGCUCUCCCUCCAAGGAUGCCUCCAUGGGCCCCCCAGCGCCCCCCAAACCAGGCAAGCUGAACCUGGCCAACCUGCCUCUGGCUUUGCAGGGGCUCCAGACAGGACAGCACCGCCAGCCCAGCUUAGACUUCCCCUCCCCCCCACCGACCGAUGCCGACUACUUCCCCCCUCCUCCUCCCGACUAUGAGCUCUUCCCCCCGCCUCCCUUGCCGACUGACCUGCACCCGGGAGCGCCCAAGGUAGCGGUGGUCAACCCCCAGCCCCAGACCCCGCCUGUUGUCUCCUCAACAUGGAAAACGAGCUCCCUGAAGAAGACCCCCCCCGCAGCUGUGUACAGGCGGAGCAACACAGUGCAGGAGACCCUCCCCUUGUCCCCCCCACCCCAGCAGACCAACCCUCACAGCUCCUUCAGCUCCCAGAUACCCCCCACGUCCCCCAAGGGCACCAACCUGGCCCUGCAGCCCAACUUCCUGGAAGACCUCAACCGGACGCUGAAGAGGAAGUCGGUCUCGCGCCACGGCUCGCUCACUUCCUCCCGCCUCUCCUCCAAGAUGGAGCCGGUAGCGACCAUGGACGAUAUGGCGCUGCCUCCUCCGCCCCCAGAGCUGCUGCAGGACCACCACAGGCCAGCCAGCGGAGGAGGCUACGCCCAUGCCAACAUCUCAGGCUAUGCAACGCUACGGCGCGGUCCGCCCCCCGCCCCGCCCAAACGGGACCAAAGCACCAAACUAACCGGGGAGUGGUAGUAACCAGGACAUGGGGGGGGGGGGAUCUAAAGACUAUUAGGUCAGCUCCUCCGGAACUCUUUCUGUCUCUCCGUCUGUUUCCCCUCAUAGCAACCACCCUGGACUGACUGAGCUAGGAUCCUCUUCCUUGUAAUCCCAGAUUUUCAUUAUUAUUAUUAUUAUUACAUGAUUACUCCAAUGAAAAGAAGCAAGCCUGACCACCUAUCAGCUUUCCCACAUGUUUGUGCCGCUUUGCAUUGAAUAUAAACAGAAACAAAAACAUAAAGGACAAGAAACUUGCUGCAAUAUAACUGGUACUGCAUGGAGCCCUGUAGAGGACAUGGUGUCACCUUAGCAACGGUUUGGGGGGGGUGGGAGGGGAGGGAGGGGGAGAGGGGGAUUGAGCGUGUACAGAAAAAUGUAUGUGGAUGUUAGGGUAAUGAAGGGGAGGGAGGGAAUGGGGAUGUUAUUAUUAAGUUUGUGUUUUUAUAUAAGAUUAUUUAAUACCUGAAAGAUAAUAUUAUUUGAAAGUUUUGUUUUUCAAACCAUGUGAGUGAACUGGGGGAGGGGGGGGGGCGGGAGCAGCAGGGACAGGGGCUCAAGAUCCCCUGUCUGUCUGUCUGUCUGUCCAUCUGUCUGUCUGUCCGUCUGUCCGUCUGUCUGUAUGUCUGUCCAUCUGUCUGUCUGUCCAUCUGUCUGUCCGUCUGUCUGUAUGUAUGUAUGUCUGUCUGUCUGUAUGUCUAUCUGUCUGUAUGUCUGUCUGUCUGUCCGUCUGUCUGUCUGUCCGUCUGUCUGUCUGUCUGUCCAUCUGUCCGUCUGUCUGUCUGUAGAGUGUACAGAUGCAUUGUGUUAACGCUAAUUCUAAUGAAGAUUUUUUGUUUGCAAAUUGCACCAAAAUGGUUGAAAACCUACAGCAGUUUUACUGUAGAGAGAUGAAGAUGACUGACAAGGCAAUGACACUCUUAAGGUGCUCAGAUAAAAAGGUGCACAAUGAAGGUCCACCUCUGGGAUUGGCUGUUACAUUGGGGGUGGGUUGAACCCACUUUAUUUCUAUUGGUCACAUAUUUUUGUCUGUAAAGUUGCAGAUCCUGGCUUUACUGGCCUCCUUCGGCCCUGUCCCUAAUUCCAGGACCAUUUGACCCUCUCCAGAUUCUUGACCUUUAACCCUGAGAGGGACGACACUCAACUGACCCUGAACCUGCCCGUAGAAAGGGCCUCAGAGUCAGAUCCUGGGCACCGUUAAAAACGACAGACUAAACACAUACUACAAGAUGCUCAGACGUGUGUCUGCUAAAACUGAGAACUGUUGGUUCUGAUUACUGUCGUAAAAGUGGGACCACCGUGGCAUUGAAAGACUUGCCCCAUAACAGCCCUACAGCACAUUUCUGUCAGACACAACGCUGCGAAUGUUUCCUCUCAUUGCUCGAUCACUGAACGCACCCCCCAGGUCACGCAACAGCCAUCCUGUCAGCGAGGUUGGACGAGCGUUGGAUCACAUGAAUGCCUUCUCUUGUACUGUGUGUCUGAAGAUGGGGACUGCUCUACUUGUGGGCACUGUGUCCCAUCUGGUUUUACAUUAGUAGUACUGAGUAAGACUGUAGCAUGAAGACCAUCUCUGGCUGUGGAAAAACUUCUGUCAACCUGUGUGUGUGUGGGUGUGUCUGUCUUAAUUCAAACUAGGACUGUGUUCAGCAAGGUGCAACGUUCUGCAACGUUUAGAAAGGCGUGUAGGCAUCUGUUCUAUCCCGAGGCGUGUCUGAAACGUUGAGGGUGGAAAAUCGCCCUCCUGAACGCAGCCCGUGCCAAUUAGUCUGACAAGGUCAGAAUCUAUCUCUGUAACCAAUCACGUUGCACUACUGUUGUCAUGACGUUAGAUUAGUCAAACUUUGGUGCAGAGUGGAAAAACUCUGCCUUAACAUCUGCUACAUCUGAUGGCUUUGAGUCAGCUACAAACUAUUGUCCAUUUCAGAUCUUCAGUAUUUUCAUGGCAACAUAGAGAUAAUAAACCAUUGUGUCUAAAGGUCAGAGGAGUUGCCUGAAGUCAGUCAGAGCCGUUCUUAGAUACUCUGCCGUAACGGGGACAUAAACCUAAAAUGCAUUUAAACUGAACAAUAAAAAUGUGCAAAUCAUACCUCAUCA